GGGAUCCCCUGCUGGCGCCAGCCAUCCGCCGUCUCUUUUCGUCUGCUGGCUGACGAUCUUUGCUCUGUUCCUGCUUCGCUCGCUGCGGUCCCUCACAUCCUCUCCCCGGUCACCGUGACCCUUCGUGCAGUUUCCGAGAGAAAACCACACAAACCUCGCGACAUCCCCGGAUGCCUCCAGCAAAUCCAGAAUUGUCCAGACCAGCCUAACCAGGCCAACUCACCGUUUCUCCGCCCGCAACGGCACCAAACCCGUCCAUGCCUCCUCCGCCGGGCACAGCCACCGGUAACCACCUGGUCUGCUGGCGUGACUCGCGACGGGGAUGCCACUGGAGCGGCGCCGUUCACCUGGCGCCAGAACGGUACCUUAUCCUUACGAGGUGGCACGGGUGGGAGGCUCUCCGCAAUAAUCCCCCAGUCUUGCCAAUGA